UAGCGCUGCCUUUCUUAGCUGAUCACAGAUUUUUGCCAGCAGCAGGACGCACAAGCGGAUACCUGAGCCAUGGAUGCAGAGGAGGAAUCCCCCGCCGACCAGGGAGUGCAGCUCCUGGACAUCAGCUCCAACUCGCCCCUGCCUGAGCCCAAAUGUGAGGAGGAGACCGGCCAGCAGGAGAAACCUCCGUAUUCAUACGUUGCUCUCAUUGCCAUGGCCAUCAAGGACAGCCACGACAAGAGACAGACGCUCAGCGGGAUAUACGACUACAUCAUCUCCAAGUUCCCCUACUAUGAGAACAACAAAAAAGGGUGGCAAAAUAGCAUAAGACAUAACUUAUCUCUGAACGAGUGUUUCGUCAAGAUACCCAGGGAGAACGGAGGGGACAGGAAAGGGAACUAUUGGAUGCUUGACCCCGCAUUUGAGGACAUGUUUGACCAGGGGAACUACCGGCGGCGGCGGAGGGUGAGGAGACCCUACAGACCUCCGAGUGUGCCUUACCUGACCGGGAGCUCCGUGGACUUUCCCGAGCCGUUCUACCUGCCUUAUGUGAGCAGCUCCUGGAGCCUGCCCCAGCCGGCCGGAUACCAGACGCCCCAGGUCAUCACUCACCCCCGCAGCGUACCCCCCAGCGGCCCCGUGAGUUCAUACUGCUCUCCCUCACACUCCCAUCACUCUCCCUACGGCUCAUACCACCGCCACACACCGGUGCUGGUGCCCCACAACUGCUUUCCCUACGGAGGAGUGACCCAGCCGCUGAGCCCCGGCGGAGGCACCAUGUCGGUGGCGUACCAGCAGCUCAACACCUAUUCACGGCAAACGGAGGUUCCGCUUGCUUAUUCAUUUGACCAGUAGGGUUCGCAGUUAUUGACAGCCAGCAUUGAGGUUUAUCUGUUUCACCAUUUCAGUUGGACUGCCAUUCGUUUAUAAGGUGAAGUUAUCCGGUGUAUUCAUUGUUAAAAAGCUGUUGGUUAAGUUUUCUUCGGUAGGCCACAGUUUCAAAUGCCAAGAAAGUAUUGUCUAAUCGCAUUGCUUCUAAAAUGGCACAGAUCAAGUGUAAAUUGCAGGAAGAAGCUUAGUUUAUGCCUCUUAAGUUAGAGAUCUAUGAAGCAACCAAAUCAAAUUGUGUUUUUAUAUUUUUACACUUGUAAUAUGCAAACAUUUUGUAUAGGCCUUUACAUUUUAUAUUUUGUGUUAUUUAUUUUCUCUUGGGUCAUCCAAUGCUCCAAGCUGCUAUGCAAAAUUGGUGACACCAGAGCACUGAUCAGUUUUCUUAUUCAAUUGUGAAUGUUUACUUGAUGUAAAAAUACAUCAUGUUUGUUCAAAUAAAAUGUUAUUUUUGCAUUAAAUACCCUUAUUGACUGA